UUUUUAAAAUACAAAAUAAAGUAAAAGAAUCCUUAAAGUCCCCCUAAGAAAAAUGAAUAUACAAAACAGUGACAAGAGUUCCAAGAACUGGAAAGAGUUCAUGAGCUUCCUGCAGACAAGCUUCUGGACCUAACAUCAUGGUGCAUUUUACCACUGAGGAAAAGAGCAUCAUCAAUGCCCUGUGGGGCAAAGUCAAUGUGGAAGAGACUGGAGGCGAAACCUUGGGAAGGCUCCUUGUUGUGUACCCCUGGACUCAGAGAUUCUUUGACAACUUUGGCAACUUGUCUUCUCCCUCUGCCAUCAUGGGCAACCCCAAGGUCAAGGCCCAUGGCAAGAAGGUGCUGACCUCCUUCGGAGAAGCCAUUAAGAACCUGGACAACCUCAAGGGCACCUUUGCUAAGCUGAGUGAACUGCACUGUGACAAGCUGCAUGUGGAUCCUGAGAAUUUCAGGCUCCUGGGUAAUGUGCUCCUGAUUGUUCUGGCCACUCACUUUGGCAAGGAAUUCACCCCUGAUGUGCAGGCUGCCUGGCAGAAACUGGUGUCUGGAGUUGCCAUUGCUCUGGCCCACAAGUACCACUGAGCUCGUUUCUGCAGUCUGCCAGCACUCCUGUGUGCCCCCGAUACCCUCCUUCUGCUCAUGGGGACUGGGAUGGGCCUUAAAAGUACAACUUCUUUUCAAUAAAAAUUAUUCUCUUCAGUUAUCAAA